AUGCAAAGAUCCCCCUCUUCUUCACCAAUCCAACUUUCAAUCCAAAACUACUUCCCUCUUCGUUUUUACAAAGUUCUUUGCAAAAUGGGUGAUAAUCUCCGCCGUGCUAUCCAGGAUCUCGACUUGGGGGCCAACGAUGAACCAAUUGUUCUACCAAUUGAAGUAAUCCACCGUGCAGAAAAUGAAAACAGAUUCAUUAUCAUGGGAUGCCCAACGAUUCCCCGCCGCCAGAAUCUAAGGUCAAUUGUCGCUUCACUCCCAAGACUUUGGGGAAUUGAAGGAAUGAUUCAUGGCCGUAUCGUAGCAGGAAGACGUUUUCAAUUUGUUUUCCCUACUGAAGAAUCCAUGGAGAAUGUGCUCAGAAGAGGUCCAUGGGCUUUUGCUGAUCGAAUGUUGGUGUUGCAGAGAUGGACUCCGCUCAUGGAUCUGGAAAUAAUGCAGUUCAUUCCUUUUUGGAUUCAGAUAAGGGGUAUUCCAUGGCAAUUUAUGAACCAAGAUGUCGUCGCUCACAUCGGAAGGGCUAUUGGAAUGCUCAUGGACAUCAACUACAACACAGAGGCUGUGGCUCGUGCUGAAUAUGUCAGAGUCAGAAUCAACUGGGACAUCCGCAAUCCACUUUGCUUUCAGAGGCAAUUCCAAUUCACACCGGGUGAGAAUACAUUACUUUCCUUUUGUUAUGAGAGGCUCAGGGGUUUCUGUGAUGUGUUUGGAUUGAUCACACAUGAUUCUGGGAGUUGUCUGGUGCAAAAUGGAGGAGAAGAGUAUCAUUCCGAUGGAGAUGAUGAUGAUGAGGAACCACCACAAGCAGACCAUCAACACAAUGGCAAUGGCAUCCGUAUCCAAGAAAUCAAUGAUGAGGAAGCAGAUGCUAUCAGAAGAGAAGCGAUGGAAGCCAACAUCAACCAAGAGAGACCAAAUGGAAUACAAGACGAUCAGAACGAUGGCGAGGAAGUGAUGUUACAGGAUCCGAACGAAGACAGCAAUGAAGAAACAGAAAAGGAGGAGGAGGAAACAUGUCAAGAGGAUGAAUAUCUGUGGGACGAAUGGGACAGCCAGAAAGCUGAUGUUCGUGAAUGGGAAUUGAAAGAAUUAUACAAUCCGGUUCCAAUUUUUUCUAACAGCACCGGAGAUGUUCUUGGAAGAGACCUGGGAAAAGGUGAAAUGUCAAUAGCAGAGCAAGAGCUAAUGCGUGAUUACGAGGCUUUUGGUGGCACACCUUCAUCAAUCCCAGUUGCUGAAAACGGUACCCGUAAACGCAAAUUCCCAGUUCCAAACACGGAGAAGACAGCAAACAAAGUCCAGAUCAGAGAGUUAGGAGAAAGCAGUGGUACAUCACCGGAGGAAGCUCCGAACACAACCUAG